UUUCUUAGUUUGAAAUCGAGGAGCAAUGAGUGAUCCUUACGAAAAACAUAUAUAAAAGAAUUGGCGCGGCGGCCAUGGCCAUGGGAAAAGGAAAACUCUCUUUCUCUCUCUGAAUUCCUCAUCCUUGAUCCUCAAAAAAUUUUAUAAAAAAAAAUCCUUUUUUUUUUUAAUUUAAUUAUUUAAAAAAUGUUCCCUUCAACGACAACGAUGGGAAGCACCACCGUGUUGAGCCUCCCUCUCGGCAAACCCAACGCCAGGGUGGCUCCAAAACUCACCGUUUCGAAGGUGGCCGACAAGCUGAACAACCUGACCUCGGAGUUCAGGUCCCUGUCGGAGCCGAUCGAGCGCGUGAAGCGGCUCCUGCACUACGCGUCGCUGCUGCCGCCGAUGGGGGCGGCGGAGAGGGUCCCGGAGAACCGCGUGGCGGGGUGCGCGACGGAGGUGUGGGUGGUGGCGGAGGUGGACGAGCGGCGGAGGAUGCGGUUCCGCGCGGACAGCGACUCGGAGAUCUCGAAGGGCUUCUGCUGGUGCCUCGUCUGGAUGCUCGACGGCGCCCUACCCGAGGACCUUCUCUUGCUUCACACAGACCAUUUCCAACACAUCAACGUUGGCUUAGGGAUCACCCUCAAGGCCCAAUCAAGGACCAACACGUGGCACAAUGUUUUCUUCCACAUGCAGAAUGCUACUAGGGAUUUCAUCAUUAAUUGAGAAGCUCGACUUAUAAAUUCACUUGAACGGACAUUGAAAAUUGCGUUGAUGUUACUGCACUUUUCAUUUCUUCUAUAUUAAUGCCUCAGACUGUUCUAAGCUUCCUGCUUCAUGUCUUUCUUAAUUAACUCUCUCAAAUUAUCUGUUUUCAUAAAUUUUAAUAAUAUUAUGUACCAUAUUUAUCUAUUUAUAUGAAUUUUCUUAAACCCUCUUAUUUAAGUGAC